GUCUGGGCAGGACGGGACGGAGUUGAGAACGCGGCCGAGGGGGGUGGGGGGAACAAAAACUGAAAACUGACUCAGCUGCGAGGCGAAUGGUUUUUUUUUGACACAACACUAUCCGGACAAAAACAGAGAAGUUUGCUAUUUCGAAAUUUAAGAGCAAUCUGCUCGAGCUGAGGAAAAUGUCGGAAAACCAGCCCAACAACCCGAACCGGGUGAGAAACAACAACCUGAACCCGAACCCGCUCAUCAAUGUCCGGGACCGGCUCUUCCACGCACUCUUCUUCAAGAUGGCCGUGACAUAUGCCAGGGUGUUCCCCCCAUCCUUUCGCAGAAUGUUCGAGUUCUUCGUGCUGCUGAAGGCUCUCUUUGUUCUUUUUAUUUUGGCCUACAUUCAUAUUGCCUUUUCUCGCUCUCCAAUUAAUUGCCUGGAGCAUGUCCGUGAAAAAUGGCCAAGAGAUGGGAUCCUCCGUGUAGAAAUCCAACGCAAUUCUAGUCGUGCCCCCAUUUUCCUUCAGUUCUACGAAUCAGAAAACUUUGCUGGUAUGGUAAAGGAACCAACAGAAGAUGAAGAGGAACUGUCAGUAGAAAUGUUUGACAAUAGUUCUAUACAGUUUGAACUCGACAUUGAACCCAAAGUGUUCUUAAAGCCCUCACUUGGAAAUAAAGCAGAAGUUGUAACGCAGGUGGUACACAAUGAUAGCCAGGGGCUCUCAUUCACUGAGGCACCUAGUAAAGGUAUGCAGCCUCUGCAGGAAACAGUCUCCGAGUUUGAGAUGCUAACAAGAGCAGUUUGGCCACAAGAAGAGUAUAUUGUUGAAUACUCACUGGAGUAUGGAUUUCUCCGUCUCUCUCAGAGUACCAGGCAACGUCUAAACAUCCCAGUCAUGGUAGUUACACUAGAUCCAACAAAAGAUCUUUGCUUUGGAGAUGGAUUUAGCCGAUUUCUUUUGGAUGAAUUUUUAGGCUAUGAUGAUAUACUGAUGUCCAGUGUGAAAGCAUUGGCUGAAAAUGAAGAAAACAAAGGAUUUUUGCGCAAUGUAGUGUCUGGGGAACACUAUCGUUUUGUUAGCAUGUGGAUGGCUAGAACCUCCUACCUGGCAGCCUUUGUCAUCAUGGUUAUAUUUACACUAUCAGUUUCAAUGCUAUUACGUUACUCUCAUCAUCAGAUUUUUGUCUUUAUUGUUGAUUUGUUGCAGAUGUUGGAGAUGAAUAUGACGAUUGCAUUUCCUGCAGCUCCUUUACUUACUGUGAUCCUAGCACUUGUUGGGAUGGAAGCCAUAAUGUCUGAAUUCUUCAAUGACACAACGACGGCAUUUUAUAUUAUUCUAAUAGUUUGGCUUGCAGACCAGUACGAUGCAAUUUGUUGCCAUACUAACACCAGCAAACGGCACUGGCUUAGAUUCUUUUACUUGUAUCACUUUGCCUUUUAUGCCUACCAUUAUCGCUUCAAUGGGCAGUACAGCAGUUUGGCUUUGGUGACGUCAUGGCUCUUUAUUCAGCAUUCAAUGAUCUACUUCUUCCAUCACUAUGAGCUGCCUGCCAUCCUUCAGCAAAUUCGCAUUCAGGAAAUGUUGCUGCAGAAUCAACAGGCUGGCCAGGCCAACCAGACAACACUCCAGGACAACCUCAACAAUAACACUGCAAUAGAUAGCACACAGCCAAGCCCCACUGACCCAGGCAACCAUCUUACAGCAAGUACUGAUGCAGCCCAACUUACUGGUACUCCCAGCUUGGCUGACAGCAUUCAGCCUAUCCGUAUGCAGAAUCCAGGCUCUGAGGUUACACCGUUAAGUGGUGAUCUGAAUUGGGUAGCAGAAACUGCUGCUAUCAUUUCAGAAGGUAUUGCAGCUCCAGAACGGAGUACACCCACCGAGAGCUCCAGCAACAUGAUUCAGCCAUUAAGCAAUGACAGCUCAAAUACUGAGGAUCUAUUAAAUGAUUCUAAUGCCCUUGACCAUAUACAACCUGGUGCAAGUUCUGAAGAAAACAAAAAAGCAGUAUCUUCACAAAGUGUUGAUCUUCAAACAGAAAUAGACCAUAACAUGUUAAAUUAUUGUACAACUGAGAAUGAAGAGGUGGCUCUUACUAAAACUGACUAUGAGGACAUGUCUCCCACACAAGAUAGUGAGACCUAUGGGCUUUUGCCAGUGCAUGGUAAUGACACUAGCUUUGAGCAAUCACAGAUGGACCACGGAAGCCAGUCUAGUGUUUCAAACAGUUCUGUAACAGAGACAAAUGGUCACAGCAUUUCAAGAACCUCGUGACUCUUAUUUUCUGUUCUGUAUGGAAAUUUGUUAUUGGAAGAUCUUUUUGCGAAGUUCACAGCAAGUGUAUGGUAGUGUGUGUAUGGGGGAAUUACUAUUACAUCGUGUUUUCAUCUGUAAAACCAAAAUAUCCCAGUGCUUUCAGUUGGUUCCGGGAAAUGGAGUGUUGAGGGCAGAAACAGUAUGCUGUUCAGUGAGCAUUAAUGGUAAGAGCUCAAUUGGAACAAUUAACUCCUGCAUUCAGUCACGGAAUCCAUAUUCUUUAGUACUGCUGUGCGUUACUGUGAUAUUUGAGCUAAAGUACUGAGGAACACUAACAGUAUAUAAAAUGAGGAAGACCGCCCCUUGAAAAAGAGAGCAGCUGAUUCAACAGCUGUAUAGUAAAAAGGCAAGUGUCUGAAUGGCAGUAGAAGAUGGCUUGUUCCUUUGAACUCGCAGUAUCCAUGUAAGUUGAUUCCACGGUGCAAUAAGUUGAUGUGUAUUGACUCUAUUCUGCAAGGUCUCGUUACCUGAAAGACUCUUAGAAGUCUUGUUUCUUGAACUGGUGCCUAAAUAUAGAAGAGAUUUGAAAGGCAGUAGUGUCAGAAAUUCCCUGUAACUUCUAAUAAACUUUGAAUCUAACUAAUUUGGAUCUGAUUCUGAUAGACUUUUCUGUUGAUGGUAUUGUAUUUAAAUGUAAUGUGAGAGCUUCUGUCUUUGUAUAUAUUAAAA